CUUCCCCCCUCCUCUCCCCUCCCCUCCCCUCCCCCUUGACGUUAACUUGCUCUACCCUGGUCGGUGUGUUACAAGGUCAUUGGUUAACCCCAAUAUAACCCGGACAACCGAACCCGAAGGUGCCAUUAUCUCCGGGACCAACGGCCAAGGACCGUGAACGAUCUAAAUCAGAGCAUGCGAUCAUAGCGCUGUGUGUGUGGACUUCAUCCCUCGGCGCAUUGGCGGCAGCCUUUCUUGUUCUCUUUCGUCUUUCUCCCUUCCCUUGAACAGAUAUAGAGAUUAACACGCUUCGCGAAACGUGCCACCCCCCUUCCUUGCGUCUCGACCCAGGAUGCAUGCAGAAGCGUGAUUGAUACUCCCUAUCCCGGCAAUUGCACAUUCGAAAACACCCCCGCAACACCCCCUAUCGCAUCUGACUUUCACCUGCCGGAGAUGAAGCCUCAGGGCCUGCUGGCCGUCGUCUGCACGAUCGGGUCCCUCGCCACGGCCACAGCAGCAACUUCUUUGCCCAAUUCGCAACCGCAACCGGCGGUCCAUCACACCUAUGGCGAGCUGCUGACCCACAACGAUCCGGACCCGUUAUAUGAACAAUACGGACUGAAUCGAUCGGAGGAAUUCAAGUACUUCCAGGAACCGGGCAACGAUGAUAUUCUCGGCCACUAUGACUCUCGCUUUUUCACCGAGCCCGUCCCAGACGAGGAGCGGUCCCACACCUUGACGCACAUGAUCCGCGCAUAUCUGAACUUCUUCGAGGACAAUGGGCUCGAGACAUGGAUCGCACAUGGGACGCUUCUCGGGUGGUGGUGGAACGGAAAGGUCAUGCCUUGGGAUUGGGACAUUGACACCCAAGUGAUGGAACCCACGCUUUUCCAACUCGCAGACCAUUUCAACCAGACCGUCGUCCAGUACACCGCGAAGGAGGAGAAUGUGGAGCGCAAGUAUCUAGUCGACGUGAACCCGUGGGCCCGUCAACGCGAUCGAGGCAUGGGACUGAACAUCAUCGAUGCGCGCUGGAUAGACAUGCACACGGGCUUAUAUAUCGACAUCACGGGGCUGAGCCGGCUGGAUGCGACCAAGCCGACGGAGUGGCAAUGCAAGAACUUGCACAAAUACCAGACCGACGAUAUCUAUCCUCUGCGCCGGACGACCUUUGAGGGGGUGCCGGCUAAGGUGCCGUUCAAAUACGACCAGGUCUUGGAGGAUGAGUACUCGAAGAAAGCGUUGACAAACACGCAUUAUCAUGAUCAUACUUUUGAUCCUGAACUCGAAGAAUGGUUGAUGGAUGAGCCGGAGCCGAAGGAGAAGGAGGACGAUAAGGACGACCGGCAGUAUGAAUGAUGCUGAUCGUGGAGAGGUAUAUAUUCACUUGAAGUUUU